AUGACGACAGUGCCUUCUGAGAUCAUUGAUUGGACUAUAUUGAAUGAGAUUGUUUCUAUGGAUGAAGAUGAUCCAGACUUCUCCAAAGGAUUGAUUAUUCAGUACAUUGAUCAAGCAACAACAACGUUUAGUGAGAUGGAUAAUCUUCUAGGAAGUAUAGAUAAUUUGAAGGAACUAGAUAAUUUGGGUCACUUUUUGAAGGGGUCAUCGGCAGCCUUGGGACUUCAAAGAAUUGCCUGGGCUUGUGAACGUAUUCAAAAUUUGGGUCGUAAAGCUGAAGAUAGUUUCCCAGAGAGGACCGAUAUCUUGAAGAAUCUUCCUGACAAGGUCUCAGUGGAUGAAGAAGACAAGAAAGAAGAGAAAGAAGAAGUGCCUCAAGAUGACAAGAAGUACUUGUAUCUGAUAAAGAAAGCACUAGCGCAAGCGAGAAUAGAGUUUAAGCUAGCACGUAGGGAACUUUCAGAUUACUAUAAGACUGAGUUGUAA